CACAGCAGUGUGUUCACAAAUCAUAAAACCUACCAGAGUAGAACAGGAAAUCUCAGUCGAUUUGAAACCUGAAAUGAGAAACGAGUUCUCUGCCACUUCACCUAGUCGAGAAAAAGAUUUGAUGACCCCAUCUGUUAGGAAAGACAUUGAAAAAAUCCCCCACCAAAUAAUCGAUCGACUUCCUGAAGGAAUUCGUAAAGACAUCACCACACCACCUCCAUCAAUGCGAAAAAUUGCUUCGUCCGAAUUUGCAGCAGAUGAGCAACCAAAAUUGUGGACAUCUACGCCGAAACGCAGCAUGAAUGAUAUAAGUGAGGCUGUAAUAGUCGAACCCUCCAUUCCAACAGAGGAAAAGGAAAUACGAAAAUUGGAAUUAGCUAAAACUGGGGAAGAAAAACAGGUUCCAAAACUUCAACGAGAAGUAGCAAAGCCUACUGAAGUUCUGAAAGAUAUUCAAUUUACGAAACCCAGGAGUAUGGAGGUUCAAGAGACACAAGAAACACUUGAGCCAAUUAUAGAAGCACAAAUAGAGUUUAAAGAAACUUCUUCACCAAAGCACUUAUCUAAAGCUAAGGAAACUGGAGCUUUAGAAGAGACCCAACCAUCACAACUUUCUAAACAAUUAUUCGAAGAGGAGCGAGCAGGGUCGCUGCCAUUCUCUGUGACGAACGAAAUACAAGUACUUGAGGAACCGCCGUCUGGUUUGCACAUGACCACCACAAUUACCGGUUCCGGUACAUUGGAGGUGACCACGGAAGGUCCAGCGGGCACGAUCGAAACUACUCUCACCUACACCGAAGAUGGCAACGUUGAGGUUGUUACUGAAAUGGUUCAAUUUGCGGAUAGCACCAAAUCUCCAAUCUCGCUUCCAUUGGAGUCGCUACUAAGCACCCAUCCUGAGGUUGCUGAUCCAGAGACAAAACUUAAGCCAAUUGUUCCUAUUAUAUCAAGCCUCAUAUCAGGCCCAUCAGCCCAAGACACCCCAUUUAGUAGCAGCGAGCUUACGUCGGAGCUCACUAGUCAGAUCACUAGCGGUAUGGAGGAAGUUAUACCGAUUGUCAAAGACUCGAAAGAAAUGAUAUCCCCACCAAGAGAUUUGGAACCAGAAACGAUAGCAUCGCUUCAACUGGUGACAACGGAAGAAGUACCGAGCAGCGUGCUUUCAGAAAAAGAAGGAAGUAAUGGUCCUAUUAGAACUGAUAGUUUCAAAAUCAGUGGAGAUGAACUGGUAGAGUCUCCAAAAGAAAUGAAAGAAAAAGUAGGAAGUAAAGAGCCCAUUAGCAGUGAUAGUCUCAGAAUCAGUGAAGAUGACAAGGUAGAUUCUCCAAGUGAGAAAGGUAUUAUAAAACCAACUAUUGAAACUGUCAUUAGAGACGAAAUGCUGGAAUUUGGUGCGCCCGUAUCCACCGAACUGGAUGUCACAGCAAGCAAUAAGGUUGCUGAUAAAAAAGUAACUUUAGAUGUUGAAGAUCAAGUUUUCGAGGUCCGAAAACAUGCUGCACCAGACGCCCCUACAGUGGCACCAGAGGCGGAGGAAACAUCGAAGCCCACUGUGAAAAGUCACGGCGUUGACUGCGGCUGUCAAUCAAAAGACGAAAAAGAACAAUCAUGUCAAUGCUGCGAAUGUAAAGAAAUCGGAAUAACAACAUCCGGAGACAAGGAAACUAUCACCGAAACAGACGAAAUGUGCAAAAUGGUGGAGGAAACUGGGGAGAAAGACGACAGCGAUUCCGAUUUCAUGACAUUAAGCGAAACGAACGAGAUCGCCGAAGAUCAAGAUUUUGGAAAGAAAACAGGGGACACUGUUGAAGAAAUUAGCAACCUUCCAUCGGACCAAGCAGAAACGCAACACAAAACGGACCCCAUUCUUAUUGCAAAAUACCCCGAGUUCGUAGGUAAAACAGCAGAAGAACAACGUUCAGUACUGAUAGCACUGGGGUACGAGCAGCCCCUGAUUGACAGAAUGAUGUCCCAACCGUCCAAGGAAAGUCCAAAGUUAACAGGUGAAACCGUGGCGAAAGACAGUGUUGGACCAGUUUUAACAGAAAAAAUAAUAGCCCAAGAUGAAAUACCAAAAGAGGAACCCGCGAGAAAGCAAGAGUUACCUCACGUAUCUGCAGCAGAAAUGGCGUUUGUAUAUGAUAGACCCAAAUCUAUUGAGGUACCAGAAGAGCAAGGGAUGAUAGUUGCCACUUCUCAACAUCCCGUGCCAGGGGUUCAACAACUACAAGAUUUUGGGAACGUGGAAGAUAAAGUAGUACUACCCAUAAGCCAAGACCCGCUAGAAUUUGUAACAGGUUGGUACAAACCCGAAAAAGCAUUAGCUGCCAAACCGGGUGUACACGGCAAAAUGGUGGAGGAACAAAAUGUCGAGCGUGAAAUGGUGGCUCAGCAAAUUCCGGUUGAAUUAGCUAUCCAACCCACAAAAUUGACACCACCGCAACAACUCGAGGCAAAAAUUCGUCCCGUUACUUCUUAUCCACCAGAACAGUUGCACCGAUCCAAGGAACGUGCCACUCCAAGUGCUGAGCAAUAUAUCAAGAUUGACGAAUUGCCAAUAUCAACUUCUCAAGAACCCCGGGACUCACCUCCAGCGAAAGCAAGUUUAAGAGCUGAUGACGAUUUUGUGGAGAAGAUAAUUUCUAUCGUAGACGAAUCUAGUUUCUUGGUAGAAGAACCUCAAAAGGUGCGAAGCACGUCGGACUCUUGCAAGGCCAUAUGCAGCUCAAUUCGCACUUCGGCUGCCGCAAUGUCCCUGAAUCAGUCAAGGUCAGUGUCGCUUCAGGAGAAGCCAUCUUCCCGGGAAGGAUCCGCGAGUUGCAAAGCGAGCUGUAGAACAAUUUCCGUCCAAAGUUCCAAAACAAAGACCAAAGAUAUUGCCAUGUCUCCCGUUGUUCCUGCUAAGAAUUCUAGCCCCGAUGGGAACCCGGAAGAGGUGCGGUAUAAAAAAAAGUCUAACGAAGUACCCUCCAUAGUUUCUCAGUUGUCGGAUAAAGGCCUGAAUCCUACCCUAACGGGGCAGGCGAUCAAAAAGAGCAAGCCCCAACGAAAGAAACGCAAUUCUUCCUCCAAGGUACUCAAGAAGAUCGAGUGUGACUGCGGCGACGUGUGCCAGUGCAUAAUUUGCGCGCCAAAGGUCAUCGAGAAGAGGAACGCCGCACUACGACGUCGCAGUUUCAGUUGCGAAUGUCCGCCUCAAGUUAUCGUCGUGCCUCAAGUUAUGCAAAUGACAUGCUCGAUGAAGACUUCCAGAUCGGCCGGACAUUCUCAAGGAUGUACAUGCGAAGACUGCAGAUGCUCCCCGUGCAGCCCUUGUCCAAACGUUGACAAGGCGGCAAGCGAGUGCCGUGCGGAAUGCUCAGAGAAAUCGGGUUCGCGUAAAACCGAUGGCAAAAGCAAACGAGGCAAAUCGAAGACCACGAUUGAUGACGUAUUUAUGUCGUGUAAAUUUCCCGAAAUGACGCCGCAAACGUGCGACUACCAAAAGUCCUACGCACACGCACAGGACUGCGAAUGCGUGGACUGCUUAACCCUGCCUAAGGUCAAAGAACUCGCCAUGACCAGGGAGUACCCGAUAGUGUUCGACGAAAAACAGGUCUACCAAGUGAAAGUGAACUGCGAAUGUGUCAACGCCACGAACGCUAAGCGAUACGUCGAGCAGCAACGUUCGAGGAUACCGAUUUCGAUAACAUCGCCGCAUCCGCCGCGAGCCAGAUCGGAUCAUACCCAGAAACUCGAAGCGCAGACGAUCGAACCCAAAUCUUCAGCGUCGGAGGGUACCUACAAAUCCGCAUGCGAGUGCCAGCCCUGCAAAUGCGCCAGUUGCGCCGAUCCGGACGUGAAAAAGCCUGUUACUCCUUUAGACACGCAACGGAAAACGUGCUUUUGCAUAGGUGUCUGCACCUGCAAAGUUUGCCCAGAAACGAAACGCGCGGCAGCAACUGAAGUAGACGCAACGACUGCCGUACCAGCACCUGUAAGACAUACGGAAGAUGUAAAGCCAGUCGCAAGUAGUACUGAAGUUGAUCCGGAUUGCGACUGCCCGACUUGUCCUUGUCCGUUUUCCAAGGAAUCGCGCCCGGACCAACACUUAACUACCCAUGCACCACCAGCAGGUGAUGACUGUGACUGUCCACUAUGCGACUGUCCGGGUCUCCAAAAGCCAAUCGAAGAAAAACCUACCGUUCUUCCCCCAAUGCACGUAGACGUAGACAAAGUUCCUCCAACGCAUGUAGACCUAGAUAAAGGCGGGCAUCCACCUGAUUGCAAUUGCCCUACUUGCACCUGUCCGGGUCUUAAAGAGAUAUCACCAGUAUCCGACUGUGACUGUCCUAUGUGCGACUGCCCUGGAUCGCCCCUCAAGCAACCGAAGGUGACUGAAAAAAUGUCUGAAAGAAAGGACGUAGUUCCAACAAAGCCCGAAGAUUGCACUUGUACCGUUUGCGGCUGCGGAGAUGGUGCCGAAGUACCCCGACACCACGCAAAACUUCUUAAGGAGGAGGGAGGGCUAGCAUCGUGUGAUUGCCCAAGCUGUCAAUGUGUGCCUUGCCCGGAUCCCGGUAAGGAGCGAACUGGUGUCCCACCACCCACUGCGGAGAGUAUAAAACCCGUAGACAGUUGCGAUUGUAAAGAGUGUCACUGCAAACCCUGCGCAGAUCCGAAAAAAGCGGCGAAAGUAGAGACGGUUGCGCCUCACCAAAGAGAUCUGCUGGAAGUGCCUAAGAAAAUACCUCACCCUCCCGACUGCGAGUGCAGGGAGUGUAUGUGUUUGGAGGAGAUAAUUCAGACGGAACUCGUGGUCACUUUGGAGACUGGGACGCAGCCUGCGACGCAACCUGACGUUCACGCUGCUGACUGCGCAUGCCCUCAAUGUCUCUGCGUGGAAUGCGCUACGAAGCAUUCUCAUCCCGCAGGGUGCAGAUGUGACCAAUGCAUUUGUUCCAUUUGCGACCAUAAGGACAAACCGGCCGAGUCAUUUCCAGUGGCACGGCACCAUGGAGAAUGCAGUUGCAUCGAAUGCAGGUGUGACGUAUGCGAUAGAAUACAAGAAAUCGGGUUAGCAAAGCCAAGCGCCAGGAUUGUCCAUCACGAGGGUUGCAAUUGCGCAGAGUGUUUGUGCAAAGAAUGCGAUACGCAAUUGAAGUCACAGCUGAGCUGCCAAUGUGUGCAUUGUCUUUGUAAGGAAUGCUUAAGCAAAGUAAAGCAAUAUGUACGGCCCCUAUCGCAACAGUCUCAGCGUAUAAAGUCCACUCACCCAGACGGAUGUAAAUGCUUGCUAUGUCUAUGUCGCGAAUGCGACGAAGGGGAAAGGAGAGCUUUGGCGGACGAAUGUCAAUGUGGUAAAUGUAUUUGUAUUUCGUGCCCCAAAAGGAAGAUUGGGGUAGCAUAUGCUGCAACAAAGAAAGAGCUGCCAGCGCAAGUGCCAAGUCAAUUGCGGACGGAACCUACUCCAAGAGCCUACGGUGUGAAGGGACCGGGCUGUACAUGCGAGCAGUGCAUUUGCGUGGAGUGCCAGGGUCUAAUGUUCGCCACUGAAAAGACUGCCGCUCCGCCACCAGCAACAAUUUCCAGCACAGUUUCACGCCCAGAAGAUUGCGACUGUCAGGUCUGCAAUUGUCCGGAAGCAAAAACUGCAGCACCUCGACGGGUAACGCCUACGAUCUCCAAGAAAGUUUCCCAUCCACAGGAUUGCGAUUGUUUGGUCUGCACCUGUACGGGAGAAAUUGGUCGACCAGCAACUCCAGCUAUUUCCAGAAUGGUUUCUCAUCCCGAACGUGAGAUUAUAAUUGAUCGACCGGUGACGCCGAAGAUAUCCAGCAAAAUUUCGCAUCCAAAAGAUUGCAUUUGCCGUGUGUGCCAGUGUCCGGAAGAACUCGCGUCUAGACCGGUAACACCUACGACCUCCAGAAGGGUUUCCCAUCCGAAAGAUUGCAAUUGUGUGGUCUGCAGAUGUCCAGCUCGGCCGGUAACGCCGACGGUAUCGAGCAGAGUCCCCCAUCCCAAGGGUUGCGAUUGCUUGAUUUGCAAUUGUCUAGAAGAAGAAGAAGAAGAAUAUAUCUCAGCUCGACCAGGCACGCCGACGAUUUCGAAAAUAGUUUCUCACACCGCAAAAGAUAUAAUUUCGCGACCGGUGACGCCCAAGAUAUCCAGCAAAGUUGCGCAUGCCAAAGAUUGCGAGUGCCCGCAAUGUAAACAUUCGCCUGAUUGCGUCUGCCCCGGAUGUCUAUCUUUGGAGGAGGAAAUAAAGUCUCAACGGAAAACCUCGUCGUCCUUUGAAUCGGCUCACGGAGAAGAUUGCACAUGCCCAGAGUGCACAUGCGAAGAUCUCGCGGCAGAAAUGCAGAUUCCUAGCGCGGCGCCUCUAAAACGUAAAAAAGAAGAGUACUUGAGCGCAAAAUCUAGCGAAGUGGCCAAGCCGCUUCUCGUUUUAACGGAUCCUCCACCGUUUGAGGCGUUUCCGGUACCGGAUUGCGAUUGCGGGAAGUGCGACUGUUCAAUGUGCAGCAGAAAGGCGGGAAUUCGCAAGUUACCAUCUAGCGACAAAGCGAAACCAACUUUCACUUUGACGGGCCCUCCGCCAUUCGAGGAAUUCGCAGAGCCGGACUGCAAGUGCAAGACGUGCGAAUGUUUGGAGUGUACUAGGAAGCCGGGGUACAUCAGGUUACCCCGCGUGCCGAAAACUACGGAAGCCGAGAGAGAUGUCGACCAGACAGCGAGAAGUCCGUGCGAUUGCCAAAGAUGCGACUGCGAGGUUUGUAGCAAAACAACUCAGCAACUUGGAAGAGAACCCAAGCAAAUUGCGGCCCAGGUUUCGUCGUCAAAAAUGUCGAGGCCUCAAACGCCGAUCCACUGCGACUGUCCGACGUGUACCUGCGAUGAAGGCGUUCUUAGCAAAGUUGAAGCAGAAUCUAAAACGCUAUCCACUAUAUCCAAGCAGCCUUCGAAAGAGUUCUUCUCCACCACUAGCCACCCGACGGAAACGGAUACACCAAGAAAAGACAAAGCGCAGCAUCCUGCAGAUUGCGACUGUCCCGAAUGUGGCCCCUGUCCCGAUUUGUUCACUCACAUUCCCGCUCAGUCAAGCUUUCAAGUCCCGGAAAUUAGGAAAAUGGACAGCGUCACCCUGAAGCAGCAAAUUCAAGCGCACACCAAGGAAAACUGCGAGUGUAGGGAGGAGAUCGAAGAGAUUAAAAAAGCGUUGAAUCAAAUCAGAUGCGCUUGCACGGAAGCGGAAAUGAGAACUGCCAGAACCAUGAUGGGAUCCAAGCCAUUUGUGAAGCAAGCGUCCGUUUUCGGACAGACAAUGUCUGGCUUGAAAAUGGCGCUCAACAAUCUCCAGGACAAAUGCAAGGCGAAGGAUAAGAUGAUCGCGGCGAUGGCGGGUGAACUGCAGUUGAGGGGCAACGAGGAGGUGAUCGACAAGGUGUUGAUAAUGUCGCAGCAAAUGUGCCAAGCUUUGGACUACGAUCAAGCGGAAGACGUCAAGUCAUUAGAUAGGUCGCAGCUGGUGGCAGAUAUAAUUUAUCCCAGUUCCGACAUCAGAGACCAAGCGACGGAACCUUGCGUCGAGUCUAAGUCGGUGGAAGUUAGAACGCACAAACGGAAGAAAAAGCUGUCCAAAAAAGUAUCGUGUAUUUGCUCGACGCCGCAGAUCAUUCAGAGAGACGAGAAAGAUUGCAAGAAGGUCGAUUUAACGAAAUUCGAGGUGGUAGACGUGAAAAGGAUAACUGGCGACAGUUUAAUUAUUAAGUGGGUCGCGCCUGGAGACAAAACCAUCACGGGGUAUGAUAUUUACAUCAACGGCACGUUAUUGUCGAAGGUAAUGAGCGGUGCUAGAACCAGCGCUAUGGUCCAUUCGCUCGAUCUGUCCAAAAAUGUGCACAUUUCGAUCUACGCCGUCACCAAGUGUGGCAGAUGCGAUCGUCCGGCUAUAGCCAUAUACAAAAUCAAGCCCUGAAGAUGGUGAUGGCUAUUACUAUUGACAUGAUUGUGCUUCGUCUCAUUAAAAAAAAAAGAAAAAAAAAUGCUUAGGGUUUUUGUCUUAAGGGCUUACAGCGCAUACUAGACGCUAGCGUAUGAGGGUUAUAAAGUAUUCCUCGAAAAAAAUUACAUUUUUGCGGCUCCAAAGCACCGUUGUAAGCAUUUAAUGGUUUUGAUACAAU